AUGACGAGCGUGUCCUAUUCAUAUUCUUUAGUGAAUGUGCACUGGGCCAAGGUCUCAAGACUGGCUACAAUAUCAAACACCAGCAUUAGACUAGCACUCUUUAUGUUCCCCAAGUUCCUUCUCCCACCAACCGUGUUCCGUUCUCGACAACGCAAUGUGGGGUGCUCGUCCUCUACCGGACCCUCUACCAUACCCUCGCCCAUGGAUGAGAGCUGCCAGAAAUACCUGGGUGGCCAGGUAUCAUAUAUUCAAUGCUCUCGUUGCGCAACGGACCUAUGUUUGACUUCUCAGAUCAUCAGCAAGGGGUUCACUGGUCGCCAUGGCCGCGCGUAUCUCGUGUCGGCGGAACCUAUCGCCUGUGCCAUCAGUACAACGUGCUCACCGACAGAAACGCUCCCAAAUACCAUAAUGCAGAAACCCGUAUCGCGUCAACUGGUCACAGGUGCCCAUACAGUUGGUGAUAUCAGUUGUGCCUUCUGCGGGAAUAUUCUUGGGUGGAAAUAUGUUGCCGCUGAAGAAGAAGCGCAACGUUACAAGGUUGGCAAAUUCAUUUUGGAAACUAAACGGACUAUGACGUCCUCCUUAUGGGAGUCGGCUUCAUAUGUCGAGCCUUUUGCAUCUUCUAAGCCAAUGACUUCUGCCAAACUUGAGAUCGAUACACCGGGCGAUCUUGUGGAGUUUGAUAGUCACGACGAAGAUGAAUGCGAAGAUCUGUUUGCCGGUGUUUGGAGCCCUGGUCUGGCUAUACGGCGGCGAAGCCGCAAAUUGGAUCGUCAUACCUCGAUUUUUGGCCUUACGCCCUGA